UCUCUCUUUUCGCUACGAGGAGAGAGAAGGGGAUAAAUUAAAAAACAAAAGAAAGUAGCGAGAGGAGAUGAACCGUGCGGAGGUGGACAUGGAGGGGGCGGAGAAUGGCGGCGCCGGUGGUCGUGAUGGUGAGGAGGCGGCAGCGGCGGUUAGCCUGGAGGCGCUGCGGAAGCGGAUGGCUGACUUCGCCAGGGAGAGGGACUGGGAGCAGUUCCAUUCCCCCCGGAACCUCCUCCUCGCCCUGGUAGGGGAGGUGGGGGAGCUAUCUGAGAUAUUCCAAUGGAAAGGGGAGGUGCCCAAGGGGUUGCCAGGCUGGGACGAGGCUGGGAAGGAGCACUUGGGCGAGGAGCUCGCCGACGUGCUCCUCUACCUGGUCCGGCUGUCAGACAUGUGUGGCAUCGAUCUUGGCAAGGCUGCCCUGCACAAGAUGGAGAUCAAUGCGCACAAGUACCCAGUCGGCCAGUGCAAGGGCUCAUCCAAAAAGCACACCUGCUACAGCUACAGCUCCAAUAACAACGUUAGCGCCAACAACAACGCCACCAACCUCACUUCAAACAAGGAGCAGAACAACAGUCUGAAAAGACUUGGAGCUCCAUGAAUGUUAGCUUAGCUGGUUCUUGCUUUAUGUGAUCUAGGUUAUGCUGAUGAAUGGGUACAGGGAUGCUCUAUUUUGGUGGUUAAGAAAGAAGUCUGGUUGUGUUCGAGUUCCCCUCUAUAUUAGAUGCCUAAAGAACCAACUGUUAGCCACAAGCCUUGUAGGCUACAUAUCUAAUUGGACUGGUAUUUAGCUUCUGCUUAA